ACAGGCCUGCAGAGACAUGAAAGAAUCAGAAAAAAACUCAAUGGAUUGAUUUCAACUUCAUUUUGAAAUCAUAGGCAGCUGUAAUCUCCACCCCACCCAUCUUGUAUUUGUUGGAAAUAAAGAACGCGGCAGCCUUGUCUCCUACUGGACUCUCAGUGAGGAUACAGAAGGAAAGACGGAGUCCAGUUAGCUGGGCUGUGGGCAGUGAUGGAUCUGAAGCACAGCCAUUCCGUGAGGCUGAAUGAUGGACACUUCAUGCCAGUGCUAGGAUUUGGCACUUAUGCUCCUGAACACACUCCCAAGAGCAAGGCUGGGGAAGCCACCAAAGUGGCUAUUGAUGUGGGCUUCCGUCACAUCGAUGCUGCAUACUUCUACCAAAACGAGGAGGAGGUUGGAAAGGCCAUUCGGGAGAAGAUUGCUGAUGGUACUGUGAAGAGAGAGGACAUAUUCUACACCACCAAGCUUUGGACAACUUUCUUUAGACCAGAAUUAGUUCGCCCAGCCCUGGAAAGGUCACUGAAGAAACUUCAACUAGACUAUGUGGAUCUCUUCAUUAUCCACAAUCCAUUGGCCAUGAAGCCUGGGGAGGACUUGCUGCCCAAGGAUGCCAGUGGAAACAUUAUUUUUGAUACUGUGGACCUUCGUGACACAUGGGAGGCCCUGGAGAGGUGCAAAGACGCAGGUUUAACCAAGUCCAUCGGGGUGUCCAAUUUCAACCACAAACAGCUGGAGCUCAUCCUCAACAAGCCAGGGCUCAAGUACAAGCCCGCCUGCAACCAGGUGGAAUGUCACCCUUACCUCAACCAGAGCAAACUCCUGGAGUUCUGCAAGUCCAAGGACAUUGUUCUAGUUGCCUAUAGUGCCCUGGCAUCUCACAGAGACCCAAACUGGAUUGACCCAGAUAGCCCAUAUCUCUUGGAGGAGCCAAUCUUGAAAUCCAUUGCCAAGAAACACAAUAGAAGCCCAGGCCAGGUUGCCUUGCGCUACCAGCUGCAGCGGGGGGUGGUGGUCCUGGCCAAGAGCUUCUCUGAGAAGAGAAUCAAAGAGAACUUCCAGGUUUUUGACUUUGAGUUGACUCCAGAGGACAUGAAAGCCAUUGAUGGCCUCAACAGAAAUUUCCGAUAUGCUAAGUUACAGUUUGCUGUUGACCACCCUUAUUAUCCAUUUUCUGAAGAAUAUUAACCCUGAGCUGUUGAGUGUUGCUCCAGAGUUUUCUCCUUUUAGGCAACCUGAGAGGAUUUCUGUAUUUGGUGGAGAAGAUUAGGAAGCAGUGUGUGUAGUUUCAGUUGCUUGCUUUUCAUUUCCUUCAUGUUAUAAAAUAAAAGACUACAAAAUAAUGA